AUGGCUACCUCUUCUGAUAGAGACCAGGAGAAGGGUUUUGAUGAGAGGUCCGAGAUGAAGGAUAUCUCUGGUGGCAACACCGUUCAUGACGCUGCUGGCCAUGGUCACACUGCUACUGAUGCCUACGGCAACGCUCUAGUUCAGUUUGACCCAGCUGCUGAGCGUCGGCUACGAUGGAAACUCGACUUGUACACUGUUCCCACCGUCGCCGUCUUAUAUCUCUUUUGCUUCAUCGAUCGUGCCAACAUCGGUAACGCUCGUAUCGCUGGUAUGGGAGCCGAUCUCGGCCUCGUGAACUACGAUUACAACAAGAUCCUCUCCGUCUUUUACAUCUCAUACAUUCUCUUCGAAAUUCCCGCCACCGUCACUUGUAAAUGGAUGGGUCCCGGUUGGUUCCUCCCGGCUACUUCUCUAGCUUUCGGUAUCGUCAGUGUCGCCACAGCCUUUUGCAAAACCCAGGCUGCUCUCUGCGGUGUUCGCUUCCUUCUCGGUAUCUUUGAGGCUGGCAUGCUUCCCGGAAUCGCCUACUACUUGUCUCGAUGGUACAAGCGCUCUGAGCUGACUUUCCGUCUGUCGCUCUACAUGGUCAUGGCUCCUCUGGCUGGUGCCUUUGGAGGUCUCUUGGCCAGCGCUAUUCUCAAGCUCAACCACUUUGGAGGUCUUCACGAGUGGCGAAUGAUCUUUGCUAUCGAAGGUGUCAUCACCAUCGGUCUUAGUCUCAUUUCCUUUAUCACCCUCACCGACCGACCUGAGACCGCACGAUGGCUCUCACAGGAGGAGAAGGAACUUUGUAUCGCCCGUGUAAAGUCGGAGCGUCUCGCUCAGACCGAAGUCGUCGAUGGUAUUGACCGAAUCAAGCUCUGGCGCGGUGUCUCCAACCCCAUCACUAUCCAGAUCGCCUUCAUCUUCCUUUGCAACAACAUCACCGUCCAGGGUCUCGCCUUCUUCCUCCCCACCAUUGUCGGUACCAUCUACCCCGACUACAGCGUCGUCCAGAAGCAGCUUCACAGUGUUCCUCCUUACGCCCUCGGUGCUGUCUUCGCUCUCCUCUUCCCUGCCAUUAGUUGGUGGGUUGACAGGCGACAAAUCUUUAUCAUCUUGUCUGCCCCCACCGUUGUCAUCGGCUACGCUAUGUUCUUGGGAUCUGAUACUGCCAAUGUUCGAUACGGUGCUUGUUUCCUGAUUGCCAGCACUUGUAUGGUUCUGGGUACCAUGACCAACGCUCACAUCAGUGCCAACGUUGUCAGUGAUACCGCUCGAAGCAGUGCAAUUGGUCUCAACGUCAUGUUUGGCAACAUCGGUGGUCUCAUCGCUACUUGGUCUUACCUCGACAAGGAUAAGCCCAACUACCCCAUCGGCAACAGCAUCAACUGCGCCGCCGGAUGUAUCAUCUUUAUUAUUAGUGUCUCUGGAUUCUUGUGGAUGAAGUGGGAUAACCGACGACGCGACAAGAAGAACGUUGAGCAGGAGCUGGCCGGCCUGUCUCCUGAGGAGAUUGCCAACCUUGACUGGAAGCACCCUGGACACAGAUGGCACAACUAA